CCCCCCCCCCCCCUCCCGAGCCAGUGAGGAGCGGUGAUUUGCUCAACAUUACUAUGAUUUUUACUGAAAGAUAACCGAAGAUCGUUCGAAUUUAACCGUGUGAAGAACCGCGGGGUCCUGUCAGCCAAACGUUCAUAUUGUGUGUGUGUUUUUUUUGUUUUUUUGUUUCCCCCCCCCCAGUGUUUUGCGGUUUGCCUCUGCGGUUUUUACUUUUAACUUCCAUGAGCGGGGGCGACAACGAGAUUCCAGAGUGGAGUAGAUAUGCGCUUUGUUACAUUAACGAGAAUGCCAGCAGGAAACAACGGAGAAACGCUGCUUUUUACUGCCGAUUCUGACAGCUAACACACUUUGUAACAAAGUGACAAACUUUUUGUGUGUGUGAAGUAAACUUUUAGAAUGACGCUGGAUGUGCUUUACUGAGACGCGUCGAGAUUUUCCAGAUUUCCUGCUGCGUGUCAAAAGUUGUGGGAUUGGCUCAAGUUUCUCUUUACUGGGUUUCUGCUCUGUAACGUUUUUGGGACACUUGGAAAAAAGUUGCUCCGACAGUUGCUUUUUUUUUUUUUUUUAUUUUGUGGGGGAACAUGGAUCCGAACCAGCACAACCCUCCAGCCGGACACCAGAUCGUCCACGUACGGGGCGACUCGCAGACUGACCUGGAGCUACUUUUUAACAGCGUGAUGAACCCGAAAACCUCCAACGUGCCCCCUUCGCUGCCUAUGAGGAUGAGGAAGCUGCCGGACUCCUUCUUCAAACCCCCAGAGCCCAAGUCCCACUCCAGACAAGCCAGCACCUGAUGCUGGAAGUGGCGGGGUGCUCACCCCCCACCACGUCCGAGCACACUCUUCCCCGGCCUCCCUGCAGCUAGGAGCUGUUUCUGGUGGCUCCCUCUCUGGAAUGGCCUCCGCGGGCGCCUCUCCUCAGCAUCUCCGUCAAGCUUCUUAUGAGAUUCCUGACGACGUGCCCCUGCCAGCAGGGUGGGAGAUGGCCAAGACAAACUCAGGACAGAGAUACUUUCUUAAGCUGCAGAACAGUGAGAAAGAGCAAGACAUCAGCAGCCACAAUGAGAAAACUACCACCUGGCAGGAUCCUCGCAAGUCCCUCCUCCAGAUGAAUCAGCCGGCUCCAGUUCCCCCCAGUUCUGUUCCAGUCCAGCCACAGAACCUUAUGAACCCAGCCAGUGGAUCCCUUCCUGAAGGCUGGGAACAAGCCGUAACGCAAGAGGGAGAAAUUUACUACAUCAACCACACGAACAAGACCACAUCCUGGCUGGACCCUCGACUUGAGCCCCGCUAUGCGCUGAACCAACAGCGGCUCACACAGAGUGCUCCUGGAAAACAGUCGGGACAGCUGCCUUCCAGCACCCACGGUGGAGUGAUGGGAGGAAACAACCAGUUGAGACUUCAGCAGAUCGAGAAGGAGAGACUCCGACUGCAGCAGCACAGACCACAGGAGCUUGCUUUGAGAAACCAGCUGCCCACCAGUAUGGAUCAAGACGGCAGCACAAACCCCGUCUCCUCUCCUUUGGCCCAAGAUGCUCGGACCAUGACAGUCAACAGCUCUGACCCAUUCCUCAACAGCGGGACCUACCACUCCAGGGAUGAGAGCACUGACAGCGGGCUGAGCAUGAGCAGCUACAGCGUUCCUCGCACUCCAGAUGACUUCCUGAACAGCGUGGAUGAAAUGGAUACAGGAGACCCUCUCCCAGCCUCCAUUGCAUCGCAGCCCAGCCGAUUCCCCGACUACCUGGACGCCAUCCCCGGAACCGACGUGGAUCUGGGCACCCUGGAGGGCGAGAACAUGGCGGUGGAGGGCGAGGAGCUGAUGGCUAGUCUGCAGGAGCCACUGAGCUCCGACAUCCUCAGCGACAUGGAGUCUGUGCUGGCGGCUACCAAGAUCGACAAGGAGAACUUCCUGACGUGGUUAUAGAGGACCCAAGCAGGGUGGGGCCGGGCGGGGCGCUCCGUACCAUUUGUUCCCCGCUGCGCUCUGAACCGCCGCCUGCUCUGAUCUGUGAAGGAUUCAUAGAUGCUUUUACCAGACAUUUCAGCGAGCCUCUCUGAACUUCUGUGCCUCUCAGCAUGUAAGGCCUAACCUCUUUUCAGGCAGUAUUCUGAUCUUUUCAGGUGUGUUUUUAUCUUUUUGAAUUUGUCUGUGUCUUCAAGGCUGGCCUAUGAACAGACAAUUAUGCAAGGGCCCCAAAACUUUUCACAGGUCUGUCAGCUUAUUUACCCAGAUGGUAGCUGAAGCGACCAAGUGCAUGUCGUCUUCUGCAAGGAUUUCCCAUGUUGCUUCCCACCCGGAACCUCUGGAGCCUCUCUUGUUUUUGCAGUGCGACACUAAGCAUCUGUGUUUGGGACUAUUGAAUUUAGUUAAAUAGCUUUAUGUUUGCCUCAAACAUUUUUUUCUUUUUUUUCAACGAGCCUGCAAAACCAAAAAUGAUGUAUUCGAAGCAUAGAGAACAAUACUGAUUUGGAGUGAAGGUAAUUUGAGGCGCGAUUUGGAGUUGGUGGCUUUGCUUUUUGUUGGGGUGGGGUUUGAAACUGGGGACCGACUCAUCGCUGCUUGGCUGUGCCAGCAAUUCUAAGUUAAACCUUUAAUAGAUCAAGUGCCUUCGGAUGUAUUUUUUAAAGACGCGAGCAACUCGAACAAUUUACCCAGUAUAUAUAAUGCAACGAUAGGCGUCAGGCUGUAUUCAUGCAUGUAUAAGCCGCAUGUUAAUUGUUUUAAUAAUCAAACUGUAUUAUGUUUUAUAAACGCAAGGUGAUUUUCGGGGAUCUUUUUCUUACCCGUAGCUUCUUUUUCUCUCAUUCUUAUCCAAGCCUAACCUAAAAUGUGUUUUAUUUGUAGCUUGUUACACAUGUAUAAUAGCUUAGAUUUUUAAAAAGGCGGGGUUUUGGGUGGGGGAGGUUGUUUUGCUCGUUUCUCUUCCUUUAAUAACUUAACAGGGUCAACUGUAAUAAGAGCCUCAGAUUCCCUCUGUCAAGACACAAACUAAAUCGUUUGGACUUGUUCAUCUAUCUUCUUAUUCUCUCUUCUUUUGCUUUACAAUAUAUAUUCACCUAUUAGUGUUAUUGCGUUUUUAUUCGUCGCGAGCUGAAUUUUUAUCCUUUCUCUGCUAAAUAUUAACCAAAAAAAAAAGGAAGAUCUGUAGACUCCACAGAUAUUAUCGCUCAAAUCAGUUCAAGCAUGUGACAGGAUAUAUGAAUUUACAAUGUUUGAACCUGAGCGCCCUCCUCGCAGCCCGCUCUGUGUGACGCUGCGUCGAGCGUCUAAAAGUAGCAACAGUUUGAAUGGGCUGGGCUUGGACAAGUUAAAGCAGGUUUUAGAGUCAUGUUUAAACGUAACCAAGAAGGAAAAGGGUUUGGCCUAUUGCUGGAAGUUACACGGCGUGUGUGUGUUUUGUUUGAUGUUUAAUGGGAUAAUUCACAAACAAUCAGAUAUUUCAGUCACGAUUCCAAAGAUGUUUUUUGUCUAUUUUUAAUUACUUUUUUUUUAGUUACUUUUGUUUUUUUUUCUAAUGACACUACCCUUAUUUUUCACUUCCAUCGUCGGGAUCGAGAAAUGUCAAUUGGCCUCCACAUGAACAAAACUCUUGAUUCUGCAAAACAGUAUAAGCUAAUGAGAUGUUUUCUGUAUGUUUUAAGUGUUAUCGGACGCAUCUGACUAGUGCCGGCGGAGAGGUUCAGAGGUUUCUGAACAAAAGAGAAAGUGAUUUUCGAACAGCGAGCGCAUGUUUACAUAAUUUUACAAAAAUGCUGCGGCCGCUGUGCAGACGACACACCGACAGCUUCUCUCGUGAUCAUGGCGAUGUUUACAUGGUGGCUACAUCUGUGCAUUAACUGCAGUAACCUUUUGGAUAAUCUUGCUAGAGGCCUUGCUGGAUGGCACGCUGAUUCUGUUGCCAGCCCAACAGUGAAUUGAUAGCAUUAACGUGAUGGAACACAUGCUUAAACAUGUAUCUUAGAUUAGAGGACAUUAACUGUUUUUUUUUUUUAAUUUGUUAUUUUGUGUGAGAACUUCAUUGUAGUACUGAUUUUUACUGAUCAUGAAACCGUGUUUUGAUGGAUUUUAAAACAGUGUUUGGAGAGAACAAUGCAACUAAAAUAAGUGGUACCCCACAAUGCUUCCAUAACACAGCUAGUUUUCAUUUAAUGCAGCGACGCUUUUUUUUCUUCUUUUUUUUUGUUGUCACAUAACUGAUUUUUAUUCUUACCUAGAGUGUAAAUUGUAAGAAAAUUAGUUGUUGACUCAUUUUAGCAGUAGAACUAAUCACAAGUUAAUUUGUUUUAGUAUUUAGAGUUUUCUAAAUGCACAUGAAAUGAAUUUAUAUUCGGUAAUGAAUGUUCAUUUUUGAUAUGUGCAUGUGUUUUAGAACAAUAAAUUCUGUUACAUUAUACGUUUCUUUAUAUGAUACUUUGAAAUUGGCCUUAAAUAAAGUAUAUACAUUGUUUUAAAUUUAAUUU